AUGGUUUCUUGGCGCAUUCGUGGUGAAAUGGCUGAAAUCGACGUUGAUCAAAGUUAUGCUGGACAUCCGACAAUGUUUUCAAUAAGAAUGCACCAUGGAGGUGAGUUUACAAGCUUUCCUGGAAGGAAGUAUAUUCGUGGGAAGCAAACAUUUGUUGAUUUACUGGACAUUGAUACCUUUUCCGUUCAUGACAUUGACGAGAUAAUGGAAGACCUAGGGUAUGCUUCAAUAGGUAAACCACUUUACUAUCACUUUCAAAGGCCUUUAGGCGAUUUAGAUUUUGGGUUAUUCGCUUUAGCUAGUGAUGAAGAUGUUCGUUAUUUGGGGAGUUUUGUGGCUAAGCAUAAGUUAAUUGAGAGACUGUUCCUGGAGUGGCAUAGCACACCUGCUGUUGACUUGGAGGAUGACAUGGAUCACAUGGAGAAAGAAUCGGGUAAUGAUCCUACACCCACUGGUCAUCUGGAGAAGGAUUUGGGUAAUGAUUCUACUCUCACUGAUCAUAUGGAGAAUGAUUUGGGUAAUGAUGCUACUCUCACUGAUCAUAUGGAGAAUGACUUGGUUAAUGAUGCUAAUGACUUUGGUAAGUUUGGUGAGUUAGAGAGUGACAAUGAUGAAAGUGAUGAUAGUGAUUUUUUUGUGGACAUUGAAAAUAUAUUGGAUGAUAUUAAUGUGGAUAUGCAAGAUUUUGAAAUGAAUAUCGACAAAGAUGUGGAAUGGGUUGGAGGGUCGUCUAACACUGUGGUUGAUGAAGGCACACAGGAUGAAGCUUUAGAGGUGAUUAACACUGACUUUUUAGCAUCUGAUUCAUCAUCAGAUGAGGGGAUUAAUGGUCAAAGAAAGAAAUCAAUAAGAGCAAUUCAAAGGGCACAUGAGAAUGAUGAAGCACUUGUUAGUGAACCCUUCUAUAUUUUUCAAAAAUUUGGUUCAGCAAAGGAGUUUAAGGAUAAGGUAAAACUCCAUGCCAUAGAGACUAGAAGGGAGCUGGCCCUUGAAAAAAAUGACAAGAAUAGAGUGAGAUGGGUUUGUAAGGGAACAAUACCAAAGCUUGGGCCUAAUGUAGAAGUCAACGAUGAAGAAGAAAUAUGUCCUUGGGUCUUAUUAGCUAGUAAAUGGAAAAAAGAUGUCAACUGGACAGUUAAAACGUACAACAAAGUCCAUAAAUGUCUUCAAACUAGAACAGUAAAAGCAUGUACGUAUAAAUUCCUCUCUUCUAAAAUUGUUGAACAGGUUGAAAGUAACCCUACUAUUCCAAUUAGGGCUUUGCAAGAACAGCUACAACGGAGGUUUAAGGUAGAUCUUUCUAGGAUGAAAACAUUUAGGGCAAAAUCUGAGGCUCUAAACCUUGUGCAAGGAGAUUUCGUUACUCAGUAUAGUUUACUCAGAGAUUACAUUGUUGAGUUGCAAACUCGUAACCCAGAUACGACUGUUAGGGUUGAUGUUGAAAGCGAAGGAAAUCCACACAGUGAAACGAGGACAUUCAGACGCAUUUACAUAUGCUUGGGAGCUUUAAAGAAAGGCUUCGCAGCUGGAAAGAGGGAUUUUCUUGGCUUUGAUGGUGCUUUCAUGAAGGGUCCAUUUCCAGGACAAAUUCUUUCAGCCGUGGGACUAGAUGGUAAUAAUGGCACAUAUCCAUUGGCAUAUGCGGUGGUUGAAACAGAGAACAUCAGUUCAUGGACUUGGUUUUUGAGUUGUCUUGGGGAGGAUCUUGGCUUGAAUACUAAUUCUAAUUUCACUUUUAUAACAGACAGACAAAAGGGUAUUCUAAAUGCAAUUGCACCUUGUUUCCUUGUGCUGAAAAUCGUUACUGUGUUCGUCACAUUCGGGAUAACAUGA